AUGCUGACCUGGAGCAACGCAAUUGAGUAUCUAGGCCAUGGGCUUCUCUUCGCCUAUUUACAACCUUCAGUAAAUGACAUUAUUCUUUCCCAUCCUCCACCCCAUAAUCUGAUGGGUUCUCUUACCUCAUCUCCUCCUUCUGCUUCAUCCUCUCAGCUUGGGUCCCUGCAGGCAAAUGCCCCAGUUUAUUUCAUUUUCUUUUCUUUCUUUUUAAUCUUUCUCUUUUAUCCAUUUUCUUUUUCUCUUUGGCUCUCUUUUCUUUUUCAGUUGACUUUCCCUCUCAUUUCCUUUUCAGUCUACUUUCCCUCUCUUUUCCUUUUUGGCUUCCUUUUUUUCCUCAAUUCUGUUAUUCAUUCUCUUUUUAAAACUCUCCUCUAUCCCCCUUUCUCUCUCUCUCUUUUCUACUCUCUGUUUCUGUCCCUCUCUCUUUUUUUUUCUCUCUAUUUCUCUAACUUUGUUUCCUUGGUUAUAAUCCCCUACCAUCUCUCUUUUAUUUUUCUCCAUUUAGCCUCGAUAUUUUCAUUUUAUUCCUUCUUUCUCAAAAUAUUUUUUCUUACUGCUUUCUCUCUUUCAAAUGUUUUCCUUAUUCCAACUUGUUCCUUUCUGUCUUUUUCUCCCAACUUGCUAAGCUCUCUCUCUCUCUCUCUGUCUACUUCAGAGAAAUCUUUAUCUUCUCAUUGCCCACUGUGUCAAGCUAAGCAUCAACCAACUUAUUACAUACACAAGUAA